GCCAGCCGCAUUUUUGCCUUGUGACAUUUCCCCUUGUUAGUUUGCUCCAUAGACCCAUGUUUGUGCGGAUGAGAAGUUAAAUGAGUGGUACAGAAAACGCCACGAGUCCUUGGAAGAACAACCAACAUCUUCUUCUUCUUCUUCCCCACUGAUGUACAAGUCCUCGGACUGGGAGUUCCAAAACUUGAAGCCAGAAAAGAUGUCAAGGGCGCCAUCGUUUUCCAUCCAUGGUGAUAUCAGCUGCUCUCUUCCACAACGCAAUCUCACUUCUUUCACCUCCCAAUUCAGAAUGAAACCCUUUCCUAAAUUUUCAACAACAAUGAUGGGCGCUUGCUCAUUUUCAAUAAGACAGAGAGCCACCAGUAGCGGUCGGAGAAAGUCGUCAGCUUUCACCUCGGCAGCCGCGGCAGGAGGUGGAGGAGUGCCGCACCCGCCGCUUGAUUUGACAGAGGAAAAUGUUAGACUGGUGUUGGCUGAAGCCAGAGGCGAGCUUGGGCAGCUGUUCGACGGCGAAGUUGGGAUAACAGGGCAAGCUGAACUUGCUGAGUUAGAUGGGCCAUUUGUGAAGAUUAGUCUCAAAGGUCGGUUCUGGCACGAACGAUCCAUGAUUCUUGCUAGGCUUGGCAAUUAUCUGCAGCAGCGAAUUCCUGAAAUCUUGGAAGUUGAGAUUGAGGACGAGAAAAUGUUGGACGACAGCCCUGCAAAUUUCUGAGGCACGAGCUGCAUUCCGCGCGGGAAGAAAGGAUGAAAGAACUCUUUGCCCUGUCUUUAACACGAUCCAUCCAAGGGUUUACAGGGUCCUAGCUAGAGCCAUUGAUCUCUACGACUGUCACUGUAGUGUCUCAUUUCGAGGUUGUCUAAUAAUCGAUGCUUCUCUUU